AGAAACUUGUUUUAACACAGAUUUUAUUUAAUAUUAAAUAUUAUAUUUUUGGUUCUUCUGCUUGAUUUCUGUUGCCAGGAACUUAGCUCUUAUUUCAUUGGAUACCUGUAGUUGUAUUUUUCUUUGGUUAGUAUCCCAGUUUGUAAAAAAAAAUAAAAAUACUUUUUAGGGAGGGAUCAUUGAAAUUAUUUUAAUGUCUGUUUUGCCUUUUUACUUACUUAUUCACAAGCUUUUCACAUAUCGCCCUUGUAUCUUAAUUUUUUAUGUUUAAUUCAUCCAGCUAUUGGCCAGUAUUGAUCAUCAGUUGUCUUAGUGGUGUUUUCACGUAUUUAGUCUAGAGUUCUCUCAAAAUACUAAAUACUUAUUUCUUUAUCCCAGUGCUUACCCCAGAAUGAAGAGAAAGGGCAUAUCCAAAUGAGAGACCUCGAAGGUUACCGAGAGACAAGAUACCAGCUUCUUCAGUUGCGCCCAACACAGCGUACUUCCUGGAUUGGAUAUGCUAUUGCAUACCAUUUACUGAAAGAUUAUGAUAUGGCACUAAAACUACUGGAAGAAUUUAGACAAACUCAGCAAGUUCCUCCCAACAAAAUAGACUAUGAAUAUAGUGAACUGAUACUGUACCAGAAUCAAGUGAUGAGAGAGGCAGAUCUAUUUCAGGAAUCUUUGGAACAUGUAGAAACAUAUGAGAAACAAAUAUGUGAUAAACUUCUGGUGGAAGAAAUUAAAGGGGAAAUGCUGUUGAAAUUGGGAAGAUUAAAAGAAGCCAGUGAAGUAUUCAAAAACUUGAUUGAUCGGAAUGCAGAAAAUUGGUGUUACUAUGAAGGCCUGGAAAAAGCUCUACAACUUAGCACUUUAGAAGAGAGGCUUCAAAUUUAUGAAGAAAUUAGUAAGCAGUACCCCAGAGCAAUUUCACCUAGAAGAUUACCUUUGAAUCUUGUCCCAGGUGAAAAAUUUAGAGAACUAAUGGAUAAGUUCCUGAGGGUUAACUUCAGUAAAGGCUGCCCACCCUUGUUUACCACUUUGAAAUCCUUAUAUUACAAUACGGAAAAGAUUUCUAUAAUCCAGGAGCUUGUUACUAAUUAUGAAGCCUCUCUUAAAACGUGUGACUUUUUUAGCCCUUAUGAGAAAGGGGAGAAAGAACCCCCAACAACACUGCUCUGGGUUCAGUAUUUCCUGGCACAGCACUUUGAUAAACUUGGGCAGUAUUCUUUGGCUUUGGAUUAUAUUAAUGCUGCAAUUGCUAGCACUCCAACUCUGAUAGAAUUAUUCUAUAUGAAAGCAAAAAUUUACAAGCAUAUAGGUAAUCUCAGAGAAGCUGCCAAGUGGAUGGAUGAAGCACAGUCUUUGGACACAGCUGAUAGAUUCGUCAACUCCAAAUGUGCAAAAUAUAUGCUUCGAGCAAAUAUGAUAAAGGAAGCAGAGGAAAUGUGCUCCAAGUUCACAAGGGAAGGAGUAUCUGCCAUGGAAAAUCUAAAUGAAAUGCAGUGUAUGUGGUUUCAAACAGAAUGCAUUUCAGCUUACCAGCGUUUGGGAAGAUACGGGGAUGCCUUGAAAAAAUGCCAUGAAGUAGAAAGGGAGGAAGAGAGCCACAAAUGCACCCCUGAGGCAGGCCUCAGCAUCCCUCAGCUGUGGGUCGCUCGGCACCACUGCCCCAAGCUGACGCAGUCUAGAGCCACAGGCGGCGUAGUCAGCCUGGACUUGAUGCUGGGGAAUAUCCUUCCCAUCUUCUUGGAAAAUAUAAAGCCCUUGGAUGACAUGGGAAAUAUUCAGAUGCAUUUUUUUGAGAUAACCGAUGAUCAAUUUGACUUCCAUACUUACUGCAUGAGAAAGAUGACCCUUCGUGCCUACGUUGACCUUUUGAGAUUAGAAGACAUACUCAGGAGACAUGCCUUCUAUUUCAAGGCUGCUAGAUCAGCAAUUGAAAUAUACUUGAAAUUGUAUGAUAAUCCCUUAACCAAUGAAAGCAAGCAACAAGAAAUAAAUUCAGAAAACCUGUCAGCUAAAGAAUUGAAGAAAAUGCUUAGCAAGCAGAGAAGAGCUCAAAAAAAGGCUAAACUUGAAGAAGAGAGAAAGCAUGCGGAAAGGGAACGUCAACAAAAAAAUCAAAAGAAAAAAAGGGAAGAAGAGGAAGAAGAAACCAGUGGUCUCAAAGAAGAACUUAUACCAGAGAAAUUAGAAAGGACAGAAAAUCCAUUAGAAGAAGCUAUCAAGUUUCUUAUACCUCUUAAGAACCUUGUUGCUGAUAACAUUGACACCCAUCUAUUAGCAUUUGAAAUAUAUUUUAGAAAAGGAAAGUUUCUGUUAAUGCUGCAGUCUGUCAAACGAGCUUUUGCCAUCAACAGUAAUAACCCAUGGUUACAUGAAUGUUUAAUUAAGUUUUCUAAAUCUGUGUCUGAUCACAGUAAUCUUCCAGACAUUGUGAGUAAAGUUCUGUCUCAAGAAAUGCAGAAAAUAUUUGUCAACAGGGACCUGGAAAGUUUUAAUGAGGAUUUUCUCAAGCAUAAUGCUACCUCUCUUCAGCAUCUACUUUCAGGUGCUAAAAUGAUGUAUUUUCUGGACAAGUCAAGGCAAGAGAAAGCAAUUGCUAUUGCCACUAGACUGGAUGAAACGAUAAAAGAUAAAAAUGUAAAGACUUUAAUAAAGGUUUCUGAGGCACUGCUUGAUGGCAGCUUUGGGAACUGUCAUUCCCAGUAUGAAGAAUACAGGGUGGCCUGUCAUAACCUGCUUCCUUUUACUUCUGCUUUCCUGCCUGGGGUGAACGAAGUCAACAGUCAGAACGCAGCGCGCAGCCAAACAGCUAACUAUGAUGUCUUGGCAAAUGAAACUUGAAAUCCCGUUGAAAGUUGAUGCCUGUAAGACGCAAAGCUGAAUCCAGAUCAGGGUUUCCUUUGUAACUUGUAUUUUAAUAUAGAUAUGAAAUGAAACACAGUUGACCCUUGAACAGCAUGGGUUUGGAUCGCAGGGGGUCCACUUACAUGUGGAUUUUUUUCAGUAUUAAAUACGACAGUACGGCGUGAUCUGCAGUUGGUUGAAUCCAUGAAUGCGGAACCCCAGAUAGGGAGUGACCGCAUAUGCAGAGGGCCGACGGUAAGUUCUAGGUGAAUUUUUGACUGCACGGGGGUAAAUAACUCUUGCUUUUGUUCAUGAGUCAGCUGUAAUUGGAUAGAAUUUUGAAAGGAGUUCUGUAAGCUUAUUUUAUUCUUCAUCUGAUUCAGACAGCUUACAUAAAUGUCUGUUAAAAUUACCUGUUUAUACUUGCAUAGUUUUCUUAAACUUCUGCAUUAUCAGCAUUGUGAUGGGUGCUGUCACUUCAUAACUAUGGUAAUUUCUUAAUUAACCUGUCUACAGCUCCACUGUAUUAUUUUCCUUAGCUCCUGGUUUCAUUUCUAAAUCUGUGUUUUGAUCCCUUAUUGAUUUGUUUUGUUAUUGUUUACUUGCUUUUUAGUUAAAGUACAUCAAUUUUAAAGUGUUAAUAACUAUAUGUGAAAAACAAUAAGGAACUCCUUUUGGCAGAUAUUUAUUUAGAACUUAACUUCAGUUUGACCUCUUGUCUAGCUUAAUUUUUGUGUGUGUGUGAUUUAUCAUUUCCUUUUCAAUAUUCAUGAAAAUGAUAUUUUCUGCUGAAUGAGGAUACUCCAGUUUUAUAUUGAUGAUUCAGUGUACAGAGAUGUGUUUGCCACUUAAUCAUGGAAAUUCACUGAUAAAUUUGUUGCAUAUCUGUCGAUCAGUCUUAAAGGCCCACAGAUGAGAAUUAUGCUUUCUUCACUAAAUUGCUUUGUGUGUUACCAAGUAGUUUAUAGGUGAGUGGUGUGCCACUGGGAACCAUAAUGGGGCAGAUUACAAAUUAUAAUGAAACAUGCAUACUCUUACAGCCAUGUGUUGACUAUUAAAUACGUCUUUAUAUCAGCAAAAUGAGAAUUUAAACUAUCAACUAGCUUAACUCUUAAAACAUAGUAUUAUUGAGCAAUAUAUUUUUGGGAGGAUGACUUUUUGUUUUUUCUUGUACAGAAAACAGUAAUAGAACCAUUUAAUGUGUUUCUUUCAGAACUGUGUAAAUAUGUCAGUAAUACCAGUACUUUCUUUUAAGGCAACUAUAAAUUCAAAAGGGGAGAUUUUAUUUAGAGAAAUAAUUAAAAUAGUUUUCCAUCACUCUAAGCUGAUACUUAGAUUCAUAAUUGUUGAGAGAAAAAACUAACUAUAAAAUAAUGUCAACCUAUAUAUGCUGUAAUAAAUUAUUUUGUACACAGUUG